AAAAAAUAAAGCUGGAGAAGGGCAAUUUAUCUUUCUUUUCCAGAUGACUGAAAAUAUCUACAGGAUCCUGUCUCUCCGGUGUUCAUCAGUGAGUAGCAUAAGGGACAGGCGGCUGAGGAACAAAAAUGAUAUCGGUCAAAAUCACUCCAGCACCUACUUUUUCCUAAGGAACUUCAUGCCCAUAGGGGUUUUCUGCGGGCAUUUCCAGGAGUGAGGCGAGGGACCACAGAUGCAUCCCUACCGGAUCAUGUAAGAAUUUGCAGAUGAGAAACGUACCUCAUCCAGACCUUCUCUGCCCGCUUUGCAGUACAUGGUUUGGUGUAAGCACAGCAAUUCUCACCUCUUUCUCUCCCUUUUAAGUCUCUUGAGCUUGGAGACCUCUUUCCUCAUUGCAAUUAUGAUUAUUUGCAACAUCAGUGCCAUCAAAGAUUGGAGCACUUUCCUUUCCCAAAUCCUCCCCAGCGUUAACAAGACUCUGAACUUGGUACAGCAAGUGGAAGCCACCACCAGCUCGGUGGUGAGUGUCCUCCAGGACCCCGAGCAGGACAACUACCUGUCCAAUAGCCAGUCCAUGAACUCCAGCAACUUCACAGCUGGCCUGGACCACUUGUUCCAGUACUCAUACUCGGACAAUGACCAGCUCUACAAGGAGUACAAACCCCCUCCUCGAGAUGCCAUUCCUCUGCCCAAGGCUGUCCUCUACCUCCUCAUGGCAGCCCUGGUGGUGGUGGCAGUGGCGUACGCCAUCGUCGGGCAUCUCAUCAAGGACCUCAUCUACGACUUCGUAGACUGGAUCUUUGGCCCCAACCCGGAUGACAACAGCAACAAGAGCGACAUCAACUGCAUCAGCAACAGCGUCAACGAGAUGAGCGAGCUGCCCGAGGCGCCGCAGCGGCAUCCCCGGGAGCGGCAGCCCCAGGACGUGGUCAUUGCCAUCAGCGAGACCUGUCACCUGCCGCAGCAAACGUGACCGGCGCCACGCCCGGGCCGGGCGGGAUGGAGCAGCGGGAUCGGCAAGGAGCACCGGGAUGCAGAGGAAAGAUGGAGCAGCGGGAUGGAGCAGUGGAACAGAGCAGCAGCCGCCCCGCAGGGCCGGGCGGGGAGAGGAUGGGAUGGGCAGAGCCGGCGCCCUGGAGCAAAGCCCUCCUCCCCCUGGUUGUACCAGCCUCUAAGGACCUUGUGGGGGUGGGUGGCAUCACCCCUUCUUCCCAGGCUUGUCAGCCCUUGGGUUUGUGACCCCCUCUUUGUUCCCUGUGAAUAGCAAAAAAGAAAAAGCAAAUGCAAAAUACACCCACCAGACAAAGCUUGCAAGAGAAAUGA